AUGGUGGACAACGUUGGAGGCAGUUCCUCUAAUCCUGAAAACAGUGGCAUCAGGGAACAAGACCGUUUGCUGCCAAUAGCCAAUGUUGGGAGGAUCAUGAAGCAGAUUCUGCCUCCUAAUGCAAAAAUCUCAAAGGAAUCGAAGGAAACAAUGCAAGAGUGUGUGUCGGAGUUUAUAAGCUUUGUGACGAGUGAGGCAUCAGAGAAGUGCAGAAAGGAGAGAAGGAAGACCGUGAACGGAGAUGAUAUAUGCUGGGCCUUAGGGUCCCUUGGUUUUGAUGACUAUGCAGAGCCACUGAGAAGGUAUUUGCACAGAUAUAGAGAACUUGAAGUAGAUAGAUCAGGAAAUAGCCCCUCAAAAGACAAGGAUGCUGAAUUCUGAUCCUAAGAAUAUUGUGUUGUGUCUGAGACAAGGCUAGUUUAAGGUUUUGAGGAUGUUGAGAUAAUCAUUGUAAUAGCUUUCUUGUUUUGUAUGUUGUUACGUAUAUCUAUCUAUAU